UCCUCGUGUGUGACGAGUGCUGUCGGUGUCACCGUGCCUGCGUGGGCGUGAAGCUGCAGGGUGGGGGUACCACCCCACCGGCCCCCAUUGGCAGCUCUCCUCUUGCCCACCCACGCCGUGCCAUGGGUAGAGCCCCUUAUUUAGCGCCGCGCAGAAACCGCUGCCCCGGUACUUCACCUCCCGGCUGAGCCCGGGCCGGGGGAGCUGCCCACGGCUGGUGCCCACCACCGCUGCCCACGGCUGGUGCCCACCACGGCUGGUGCCCACCACGGCUGCUGUCCAUCACCGCUGACCACACCGCUGCUCUCCACCACCACGCCCCGAGGAGUCCCUCAGCUCCACCGGAGGGCUCGGCAGAGCCCGGUUCGGUUCCAGACUCAUCCCGGGCCGCCCUAUCGAGGCGUCGCCGGCUCGGAACACCCCCGGGCCCCGCCGCUCCGUCGCAGAUCGUUGAUCUCCCCCUGAGGAUGAAGAACCGACCGUUGCUGGCGGUGCUGCUCCUCCUGGCGCUGCCUCUCGCCCUCGCCCGCCGCGCCCCCGCCGCCCCACCGGGCCCCGCGCGGGGGAUGCCCGUCCCGGAGCCGCUGCCGUGGAACGCCCGCGGCAGCCCCGGGGCCGCCGCCGCCGCCGCCGCCGCGCUGGAGCUGCUGCGGGAGGAGGGCGCCGGUCCCCCCGCGGCGCCGCAGAAGAGAGACAUGCACGAUUUCUUCGUGGGGCUCAUGGGGAAGCGAGCAGCGGAGCCCGGGCGAGCAGCGGGGCGCGGGGGGAACGGCGGUCCGGCCCCCCGGUGCUCCCCGCGACCCCCCGCGCCCGGCGAGGUCCCGCUGCGGGCGGCCUGAGCGGCGGAACGAGCCCCCCACGCGCGGAGGGGCCCGGGCGGGGUUGUGCCCCGUGUCCCGGGGACGGUGGGACCGACUGCGGGAGCGUGCCGAGCGCCGGUGCCCACGGAGCUGUCGUGGGAGCCGCCGGGAGCGCGGCCGUCCCGCCCCACGCGCGCGUGUCCGUGCACCUGUGUACACCUGGACGUGCCCCGCUAUACACCCACCCGUGUCUGCGCGGGACACGCGCAAA